AUGAUCAGACAAUCCAUUAUAAAGACCACUUGUCGUUCUGGUAAGAUUGUCAAUUCCAGAUUUAUUUCUCAAUCAUUCCGAGUCGGAGCAAAAGGUGAUACCUCAACCAUUGAUUCAUUUAAAUUACCAUCUCAAACUUCAAUCAAUGAAUGGGAAUAUAAAUAUGAUUUCAUUCCAAAGAUGGCUUCUCCAAAAGUCCCUCCUGUCACUCAAGAAGCUGUUAAACAAGAUAUUGCUCUUGAGAAAUUAAAAGCGUUUGAAAGAGAAUCAUUUGCUAAAGAAGGUAAUUCAUCAAUCAAAGUAGAAGCCAAUGAUGCUGAUGUGGUUCAUGGUGGGGAAUCUGUCAAGGUUGAACCUGAAUAUUUACAGGAUAGAGGUAGUAAACCAAUCAUUGCUUCUUCUAAAAGAACCGUUGCUAAUGCAGAUCAUGAUAAUAAAAAACCAGCCAAUAGUGAUAAAUAUAUUCAAACUUCAAUUAAUCCAGAAAUUAAUACUCCUGAUGUGGUUAAUUUAAGUGAAAAUGAAGUUGAUCAUAAAACCACUUCAAUUGAUAAACAAGAAGUUGUGGUUGAAGAUAUUGAACAUGAUAAUUUAGAACACCAUUUAACUCAUGAAGAACCUGCUGCAGCUCCAAUUGCAACCAAAGCUGCUCCAACUACUGGUUCAGCUCAAUCAGAAAGUUCUGAAUCUUCUUCAUCUUCAUCUUCAUCUUCAUAUACUAUUCCUUUAGCAUUAGUAGGUUUAGGUGGUGCCGGUUACUAUUAUUAUAGUUCAACUUCAUCUUCAAAGAAGGAAUAA